AUGGCCGCCGCAGCUCCGCCCCCUCCACCGACCGUCGCCCCCGUUACCCUCCCGGAAUCUGAUCCUUCCGGCGACACUCUAUUCACCCGCAUCCGGCUCGCCACCGUAGAUGACGUCCCCCACAUCCACAAACUUAUCCACCAAAAGGCUGUUUCCGAGCGCCUCACCCACCUCUUCGAAGCAACCCCAGAGUCCCUUGCCAAUACUCUAUUUCCCCAAAACCCUCCUCCGCCUUUUAAUUCAUUCACCGUUUUUCUUCUUGAGCUUUCUUAUACGCCAUUCCCUCCCACCCCACAGGAUGCACAUUUUACUCCGAUUCUGAAAUCGAUCCACCUCGACCUCCCCAUUGAAGAUCCUGAAAGAGAAUCAUUUAGGAGUAGGGCAAUUGAUGUUAAUAUUCUGGGCAGUGAUAAGGAACGGCCUGGGGAAGAUACUGUUGACCGCAGUUGUAUCACAGGCUGCAAAGAUGGGGUACGGGAGAGUGGAAUGGGUGGUGUUGGAAUUGUGAGGGAGUGUUACAGAAGGAAGGGACUGGGGAAGAUACUGUUGACCGCAGUUGUAUCACAGGCUGCAAAGAUGGGGUACGGGAGAGUGGAAUGGGUGGUGUUGGACGGGAAUGUGAACGCCAUCAAGUUUUACGAGCAGAUGGGGGCCCAGAUAUUACCGGAGUGGAGAAUUUGUCGACUCACUGGUGAUGCCCUUCAGGCUUAUGCUCAUAUUAACUUUUGA